AUGAGUGCUGAAUCAAAGGAAGUGCAAGAAGCAAGAGUACCACUUGGUUCAGAUGAAAUGGCAAUGGAGUUGAGUAGUACACCUAUGGAAGUUGAUGAAAGACCGGCGGAAACGAGUGAAAAUAUCAUCGAGGAACAGAGAGAAACAAAAACCGAUACAUCCGUUCAAAAAAGCGGAAAUAUCCGUCCUUUAUCUCGAAUGGAGUUCUUUACGAGAGUUUUGAACUAUAAUAACGAAAAUGAAAAUUUGCCACAUUCUGAAAAUUUACAAGCUGGCACGUCCGCAAGCGAAUCAGCUCCUGCUAUGCCACCUCAGGAACCUAUUGUAUCUUUUUAUCUGGCCCCCAAUUAUCAAUUAAAGAUGACUUUGCACGGUCAUUUCAAAGCUGUUUCUUCUUUAAAAUUUUCAUAUGAUGGUCUCAUGUUGGCAAGUGCGAGCGCUGAUAAAACGGUUAAAAUUUGGAAUACGGCCACGGGUGAUAAUGAAUUAACAAUCAGUGGACAUAAGCUUGGAAUAUCAGAUAUAGCGUGGUCGAUCGAUCCACGUUAUUUAGCUUCUUGCUCAGAUGACAAAACUAUAAAAUUUUGUGACGUAUCGAAUGGGAAAAAUGUCCGUACACUUCGUGGGCAUACCAAUUAUGUCUUUUGUUGCACUUUUCAUCCACAAGGCAACCUUCUAGCUUCUGGAUCUUUCGACGAAACUGUUAAAAUUUGGGAUAUGCGGAACGGUAAUUGUAUAAGAACUAUACCUGCCCAUUCUGAUCCCGUGUCUGCAGUCUCAUUUAAUCGAGAUGGAAUUUUACUCACUUCUUGUAGUUAUGAUGGAUUAAUCCGCGUCUGGGAUGUGCCGACGGGACAAUGUAUUAAGUCUCUUCUUGUCGAUAACGAUAGUCCACCAGUAUCAUUUGUUAAAUUUUCCCCAAAUGGACGAUAUAUUCUCGCUUCGACUCUUAAUAGUACAAUAAAACUUUGGGAUUUUGUCAAAUCAAAAUGUUUGAAGACAUAUAUUGGGCACAAAAAUGAUCAUUAUUGCAUAUUUGCUAAUUUUUCUGUGACUGGUGGAAAAUGGAUUGUAUCCGGUUCAGAAGAUAAUGCAAUGUACAUAUGGAAUUUGCAAACCAAAGAAAUAGUUCAGACAUUGCGAGAACAUAAUGAUGUAACAUUGUGCAGUGACUGUCACCCAACUGAAAAUAUUAUUGCUUCUGGAACGAUGGACAUGAAAAAACAGAACUUCCUUCAGGUUCCAAAUUAUCGUCUAAAAUAUUCUCUACAAGGUCAUAUUCGUACAAUAUCGUCGCUUAAAUUCAAUUCUGAUGGAGCUUUACUUGCCAGUGGUAGUGCUGAUAAAACAAUAAGAAUUUGGAAUACAGCUGAUGGCAAAAUAGAAAAACUGAUUCCCGGACAUCCACUUGGUAUAAAUGAUAUUGCAUGGUCAAUUGAUUCUUCGUAUAUGGUCUCUUGUGCUGAUGAUAAAAAUUUAAAAGUAUGGGAUGUGCAUAAUGCCAGAUGCGUAAGAACAUUAAAAGGACAUACAAAUUAUGUCUUUUGUUGCACAUUCAAUCCACAAGGAUCACUUAUUGCUUCGGGAUCUUGUGAUGAAACGGUUAGAAUAUGGGAUGUUAGAAAUGGUAAUUGCAUACGAACUUUUCCUGCUCAUUCAGAUCCAGUUUGUGCUGUUUCAUUUGACUGUUUUGGUGUUUUGUUAACCUCAGGAGGUUAUGAUGGGCUCAUUCGCAUCUGGGAUAUUCCUGGUGGGCAAUGCGUGAAAACUCUCAAUCCACCUGCAACUUUUGCCACAUUUUCACCAAAUGGGCGAUAUAUACUUGCUGCUGCACAAAAUAGUACUCUUAAAUUAUGGAAUAUCUUCAAAGGUAAAAGUGUGAGAAAAUACAGUGGGCAUAAGAAUGAUCAAUAUUGCCUCUACUCUAGCUUUACAUAUGAUGGAAAGUGGAUUGUUUCCGGAUCAGAAGAUAAUGCCAUUUAUAUAUGGAAUAUUCAUACCAAAGAAAUUGUUCAGAAGUUAGAGGGACAUUCAGAUGUGCCUCUAAGCAGCGCUUGUCAUCCAAAUGAAAAUAUUAUUGCAUCGGGAACGUUAGAACCUGAUAAGACCAUACGUAUUUGGUAUUCUAUUACAUAA